GGCCCUCAAGUCUACAACCACAAGGAGGAGGAGAAAGGGGGAAAACAACAAGAAAAGAAAUGAUCGCUGCCCCCGUCUCUGGCGACAUCCCAACCGGAGCGCCGCCGUCGCCAGCUCCGGCGGCGGAGGACUAUCCACCGUACGGCUCCGUGGUCCUAGGAGGCACCUUCGACCGCCUCCACGACGGCCACCGUCGCCUCCUCAAGGCCUCGGCAGAUUUGGCGAGGGAUCGGAUCGUGGUGGGCGUCUGCACGGGCCCCAUGCUUGCCAAGAAGGAGUACGCUGAGCUUAUCGAACCCGUGGAGAAGCGCAUCAAGGCCGUGGAGGAUUACAUCAAGUCUAUUAAACCUGAGCUGAUAGUACAAGUGGAGCCUAUUGAGGAUCCAUAUGGUCCAUCCAUUAUUGAUGAUAAGUUGGAUGCCAUUAUUGUCAGCAAGGAGACACUAAACGGUGGACUUUCUGUAAAUCAGAAAAGAGAAGGGAAGGAACUGCCGUUGUUGAAGGUUGAGGUUGUUGAUCUUUUAUCUGGAGACACCGAGGGAGAAAAAUUGAGUUCAUCUGCUUUAAGGAAGCUUGAGGCUGUGCAAGCUCAACAGCAGAAAGCAACAAUAAAUAAUCAGAAAGGUGUUUAGAGAGGAAACAUACUGGAAUCUUGAGCUGCAUACACAAAUCUGAAGUGGUCCGCUGAAGCUUAUUAUCAACAAAAAGGAAUUAUAAAUGGCAUUUUGGCUUCCUUUUUGAACGAAUGGUCUUCAAACAUUGACCUAUGUCCCUGUAACACUAUAUUGCUCUAUUCUGAAGGGUAUAAACUUACAAAGUCAAUGUUGGUAAGCUAGACUAACCAAAUGUACACAUAUUUUGUCCUGGCAUUGCCAUCUAGUUGUAAAGUCACCUUGAGGUCGUUUGGAAUAAUGGUAACCAGCUAAAUUAAUUUGGUGCCUCUUCUGUGA